GUAAUCUCGCGCAUGCGCAGUUGUCACAACCACCAGCUUUGUUGAGUUGCUACCUGCUACUGCUAACACUAGCAAGUAUUUCCUGCCUAUGUCUGGACACAGAUAUGGACAUCGACGCGUUAUUGGAAGCUUUUCAAGAUUUUGAGAAGAAGGGGAGAAGAGAGACCAGUCCUGUUCUAGAGCAAUUCCUGUGUCAUGUUGCCAAGACAGGGCAGCCGAUGAUCCCAUGGACUCAGUUCAAAACAUACUUCAUGUUUAAGUUGGAAAAUAUCAUGGACGAUUUCCAAGCCUCAACACCAGAACAAAGGGGACCACAUAAUCCUAAUGUAGAGUAUGUUCCCUUUGAGGAGAUGAAACAGAGGAUCCUAAAAAUUGUGGAUGGUUAUAAUGGGAUCCCAUUCACCAUCCAGCGCCUUUGUGAACUGCUGACAGACCCAAAGAGAAACUAUACAGGAACAGAGAAGUUCCUCAGAGGUCUGGAGAAGAAUGUAAUGGUGGUCAGCUGUGUGUACCCUACAUCAGAGAAAAAUGGUGCGCCCAGUGUAAACAGAAUGAAUGGAGUGAUGUUUCCUGGUAACUCUUCUCUAUAUUCAGACAGUCGAAAUGUUAAUGGACCAGGCACACCAAAACCACUCAACAGACCAAAGCUGUCAUUGUCGUCUUCACUUUCAACCAAUGGUCUCCCUGAGUGUACAGUCAGCAAAGGGACAGAGUCAACCACAGAGGAGGAGGGGGAGCAUCAUAUCAGUGAGUCUUCAUUAUCAGAAGAUGAAAUUACACCAAAUAGUGGGAUAAAGAAUAAACACCAGGAGGAAGAAGAAGAAGAGGAGGAGGAGGAGGAUUCUGCUCCAGAUAGACAUGAGGUCAAGAGGCUCAAGUAUGAAGAAGAAGAGGAUGAGACAGAGAAGGAAGAAAAGGAGUCCUCUUUCUGUAAAGAGUCAGAGACCUUACCAGAGACGCCGCAGUCCUCUAAAGAUACUUGUGGCCCUUCUUGUGAGACACCUGCUAUUUCAGAGGAUCAUGAGCCUAGCAGCACCGACAUGGAAACAUCUGAAAGAGAAGGAGACUCAUCUGAAGCUGGGGCUGUCCAAAGUCAGGAUAAUGACAGCACCCCUGAACAACAUGAACAACCUGCUCUGUCAGAGUCGAGUACAAGCUUUGAACAGGACAAUGUGGAGAGCAGCAGCAGCAGCAGUGACGGAGAGGGGCCAGCCAGCGACAAGCCAGCCCCCUCAUCUAGCAGUUCAUCUGACUUGUCAACAGAUGGCGAUGCUGACUAUUCAAACAGCAUAGAGACAGCAAUUGAGCCUGGGGAACAUGACUAACCAGAUGCCCAGCCUCCCAACUGAUUGUUUACACUGUAGGAUACCACAACAAAGGUAUAUUUCUGUAGCACUGUGGACUUCUAGACAUCAGGACCAGGAAUGAUGUGAAGCUUGAAGAUCCACAUAGAAGGAUCUCUUUGUGCCCUUCAGUUUCAAAUGCUCAAAGGCCACUAGCGUCACCUGGACUCAGUUGUUCAUAAUGUCAGAUCUGGAUCAGGUUAUCCAUUUCACUUUUGUGCCUGUUUCUCAAAGCAGCAUUAGAUUGGAUCACACUGGCCCAGAUCCAGACCAGGACUACAUAUCACAAUGUCUGAUAUUAAAUCUGUAAAUUACACUUUGUAGAAUAGGCACCAUGUCAUCACUCUAUUUAAGAGACAGAAAACUGCACAAUUAAACAAUCCAGAUAUCCCCUUCUAUUUAAAGUUUAAUUUAUAGAGUCAGACUCUAUUUGACCCACAAAUAAUACAUAUAUAUAUAUAUAUAUAUACAGUAUAUAUAAAUAGAAAUGUACAUAUAUAUAAAUGGGAUGUCUGUGAAGAUUUGAUUAAAAAAAAAUAGACUGGAUCAUAUGAUUGAGCGCAUUUCCACAAUCGUUUUUAUAAGAUUUUCCUGAAUCCAGUCACUGAAACCUGAUCAGAUUCCUUCUGAACAACUGGACCCAGGUCUGAAAACUGGAUGGAAGUGAUAUAAAGAAGAUUAGAGAGACUUGGGUUUUUUCCACUGUUGACUAAAACUUUUCUAAUAUUUUCUUCCUCUUUUUUAUAUCUUAGUGUUAUAAUUUAACCUUAAUAACUGACGUAUUUUGUCAUUUCAUUAAUCAUUAGUUUCUUGGCAUGUAAUUCCUGCAGUAAAUGUCAGCCUGAGUUGUGUUUUCCUCUUAGCAUCAUUGUUUUCACACUCUUAUGAAUGUGUCUCUCUUGAAGGUGAUUGGGGACACCAAAGCAACACUUCAUAGAUUGUUUGUUUGUUUUGUUUUUUCAAUGAAGCACAUGCCAUUAAAUGUAUUUCUUACUAACAUUAUCUUGCACUUCUUAGUACUGACCCCUGGAAGGAUAUGUAAAAUGUCACAGUUUUAUUUUGUAACUGUAUGAAGCCAAUGUAACAACACAAAGCUGCCAGUAGAAAUGUUUUUUGGGUAGAUAAGGUAUUGUUUUGGCUUAAGGAAAGCCAUUUCUGCAUCUGCGUCUGUCAGUAGAACGCAAGGUACUUUUACAGUUUAUGUCAUUUUGAUAGAUUUUUACAGUAUGUCUCUGUAAAUGAGUUUUUGUAGAAUUGUUAUACAUGUCCACUGCCUUUGUAAAACUGAUAAUUGCUGGAGGUUGAAUGCUUGAGCUUGUAUCAUAGUAUUCAUGGAAAGCAAUAAAUGCUAAAAUUUAAACUG